AACAUGAUCAUAUAUCUUUUGCAGGGUGGAACAAUUAUUGGCAGUGCCCGUUGUAAAGCCUUUCGUACUCGGGAAGGCCGCCUAAAAGCUGCUGGUAACUUGGUUCGGCUGGGCAUCACCAACCUGUGUGUGAUCGGUGGGGACGGAAGCCUCACGGGGGCCAACAUCUUCCGAGAGGAGUGGAACGGACUUCUUGAGGAGCUGGCCCAGAAUGGUGAGAUUGACAAAGAGGCCGUGCAGAAGUACGCUCACCUCAACGUGGUGGGCAUGGUGGGCUCCAUUGACAAUGACUUCUGUGGCACAGACAUGACCAUCGGGACUGACUCAGCUUUGCACAGAAUUAUUGAAGUCGUUGAUGCCAUCAUGACCACUGCACAGAGCCACCAGAGGACCUUCGUCUUGGAGGUGAUGGGGAGACACUGUGGGUACUUGGCCUUGGUGAGCGCCUUGGCCUGUGGUGCUGACUGGGUGUUCCUUCCGGAGUCUCCACCAGAAGAAGGUUGGGAGGAAAGUAUGUGCAACAGACUCUCAGAGAACCGUGCCCGAAAAAAAAGGCUGAAUAUUAUCAUUGUAGCUGAGGGAGCAAUUGACACCCAAAAUAGACCUAUUACUUCGGAGAAGAUCAAGGAGUUUGUAGUGUCACAGCUGGGAUAUGACACCCGAGUGACCAUUCUUGGACACGUGCAAAGAGGAGGGACGCCUUCCGCAUUUGACAGGAUUUUGGCCAGUCGCAUGGGGGUGGAGGCAGUCAUCGCCCUGCUGGAAGCCACUCCCGAGACCCCUGCCUGCGUUGUGUCACUGAGUGGAAACCAUGCUGUGCGCCUGCCCCUGGUGGAAUGUGUGCAGAUGACCCAGGAUGUACAAAAGGCAAUGGAUGAAAGAAGAUUUAAAGAUGCCGUGCAACUCCGAGGGAGGAACUUUGAGGGCAACCUGAAAAUCUAUAAGCGACUUGCCAUCAAGCUGCCUGAUGAUCAGAUCCCCAAGAGCAAUUGCAACGUGGCUAUCAUCAAUGUAGGGGCGCCCGCUGCAGGGAUGAAUGCAGCUGUGCGCUCAGCUGUGAGAGUGGGGAUCGCAGAUGGCCACAAGGUGUUUGCAGUCUAUGACGGCUUUGAUGGCUUCGCCAAAGGCCAGAUCAAAGAAAUUGGCUGGGGAGAUGUUGGAGGUUGGACUGGCCAAGGAGGGUCCCUUCUCGGGACAAAACGUAUCCUGCCUGGAAAGUACUUAGAGAAGAUUGCUGCACAGAUGCAUGCCCACAGCAUCAAUGCCCUCUUGGUCAUUGGCGGAUUCGAGGCCUACCUGGGACUCCUAGAGCUGGCAGCUGCCCGGGAGAAACACGAGGAGUUCUGUGUCCCUAUGGUUAUGGUUCCUGCUACUGUCUCCAACAACGUGCCAGGCUCCGAUUUCAGCAUCGGGGCAGAUACAGCCCUGAACACUAUCACAGAUACGUGUGACCGAAUCAAACAGUCGGCCAGCGGGACUAAGCGUCGUGUGUUCAUCAUCGAGACCAUGGGAGGCUACUGUGGCUACCUGGCCAAUAUGGGGGGACUCGCGGCUGGAGCCGAUGCUGCCUACAUUUACGAGGAGCCGUUUGAUAUCAGAGACCUGCAGUCCAACGUGGAGCACCUGACAGAGAAAAUGAAAACCACCAUCCAGAGGGGCCUUGUCCUCAGAAAUGAAAGCUGCAGUGAAAAUUAUACCACUGACUUCAUUUACCAGCUGUACUCCGAAGAAGGCAAAGGAGUGUUUGACUGCAGGAAAAAUGUGCUGGGUCACAUGCAGCAGGGUGGAGCGCCUUCUCCAUUUGAUAGAAACUUUGGAACCAAAAUCUCUGCCAGAGCGAUGGAGUGGAUCACCAUGAAACUAAAGGAGUCCCAGGGCAAAGGUAUGAGGUCACAGGAGGGGAGGAUGGCACAGCUGAGUUGUGAGCUGCCACCUGAAGGAAGUACUGUAAUAUGAAAUAGGGUGUUGUCUCCUUCUUUUCUUAAAUCAUUGAGCUGCCAGUGAUAAGACUGUUUUAC